CAAUUUACAUCUAAUCUCUAAUAGUUUACAAUAUUUAGUUAUGUUGUAGCUAGUUAAUGUGGAUCCAUCUUAAAAAAGUUAAUGUGAGUACAUGAAAGUGUGAAAGGUGAUCGAAAGAUACUAAUCUUUGGCAUAGGCAUAAUUUGGUAGCCUAGAACAGUCUGUUGGUUUCUUUCUAUGAUUGGUGAAGUGGGUUCCUCUUAGCACGUAGUCUCAUACAAGAGUGAAACUUGGUCCAAAGUUGACAAGCUUCUCGAAGCACUUGUUCUUGGACUAUAUUUUACAGUCGAGCUUGUGUUCUCCCUAGUCCCUCCCCCAGUUGUUAUCUUGGUUGUGGUUUUAUUAUCCCUUUAUCAGGUGAUUCUGUACGAAGAUAGAUUGAAACAACUGUUUUGUUUGGACUAUAAUUGAUAAGUUACAAUAGAAUAAUGCAUGAGAAUGAGAUCGUGAGAGAAGGAGGAAAGCCAAGUUCUCAUGCCAUGUCGGCCAUCUCUAUCUUCUUGAUUUAAGUACUUGAGAUGUAUACCUUCAGUUUUACAAAAAGGACCACCAUUAGAAGCCUUCUAGUUUCCACUUUGACUAAUUCAUAUAUUUGUGGCUUUCUUUUUUCUAUUGCUUCAAAGACAAAACGAAUAUUUAGUUUAUUUUUUACUUAGAAAUUAACAAAAGCAAAGCUGAUAGGCUUCUGAAACUAAUAUUAAAAGACAGGCCAGUACGAAUAGAGACUUUUUUUAAUGAGCAAAUUUCAAACUUCAAAGCUUUCAAUGAUCAAAAAAAACUAAUCAUAGCUUGACCAUUUCCUUUAAAUAUUGUUUUCCUGGAAAGGAGAGAAAAAGGUCUGCACUUCUUCUAUUUCUCUUUUUCCUUUCCUGAAACCAGUUUCAAAGGUUGUUUUCUUUGCCUAGAAUCUUCAGAGGUAUGUGUCCUGAAUUCAGAUCCUUGGUUUAAGGUCUAUGUUUCUUUCAGAUAUACUUGUUAUGCCAGACGAUUUGAGUUUUUUGGAUGGUCGUAUGGUAUUUAAUCUUUAAGAGAUAUACAAAGAGAGGUUUUUGCAGACAUGUUUACAUCUUGUUUGAUGUCUUCUAAGGACGUUUUAAGGGAUUCCGUGUAUGAAUGAAUGGUAAAGGAAUGAUGAAGCUAGCUAUUUCUUUCAUAUAUCUUCUUCUUAUUCUUCUGAUCUCUGAGACAAGAGGGUUGAACUUAGAAGGUCAAUAUCUUCUUGACAUCAAGAGCAGGUUUGUGGAUGAUCUGCAGAAUUUGAGAAACUGGAAUUUAAGUGAUUCUGUACCUUGUGGAUGGACCGGCGUGAAGUGCAGCAAUUAUUCAAGUGCUCCAGAGGUUUUGUCACUGAAUCUUUCGUCCAUGGUUCUCUCUGGUAAGCUAUCACCAAGCAUUGGCGGAUUGGUUCAUCUGAAGUUUUUGGAUCUGUCAUAUAAUGAGUUGUCUGGGAAUAUUCCUAAGGAAAUUGGUAACUGUUUAAGCUUGGAGAUUCUGAAACUAAACAAUAACCAGUUUGAAGGUGAGAUACCUGUGGAAAUAGGAAAGCUUGAGUCUCUGGAGAAUCUGAUCAUAUACAACAACAGAAUCUCAGGAUCUCUUCCUGUGGAGAUUGGAAACCUUUUGUCUCUCUCUCAACUGGUGACGUACAGCAACAACAUCAGUGGGCAAUUGCCGCGUUCCAUCGGCAAUCUGAAGAGACUGAAAAGCUUCCGAGCCGGUCAGAACAUGAUCUCUGGAAGUUUGCCUUCUGAGAUUGGUGGAUGUGAGAGCUUGGUCAUGCUUGGUCUUGCACAGAACCAGUUGAGUGGUGAAUUACCAAAAGAGGUAGGAAUGCUCAAGAACCUUUCACAGGUGAUUCUUUGGGAGAAUGAGUUCUCAGGGUUUAUCCCCAGGGAGAUUAGCAACUGCACAAGUUUAGAAACUCUUGCUCUCUACAAGAACCAGCUUGUCGGGCCAAUCCCGAAAGAGCUUGGGGACCUUGUGUCACUGGAGUAUCUCUACCUUUACAGAAAUGGGUUGAAUGGAACGAUUCCUAGAGAGAUUGGGAAUCUCUCAAAUGCUAUUGAGAUAGAUUUCUCAGAAAACGCUUUGACCGGAGAGAUACCUUUGGAGUUAGGGAACAUAGAGGGGCUUGAGCUUCUUCAUCUUUUUGAGAACAAACUCACAGGUACCAUCCCUGUGGAGCUUACUACUUUGAAGAAUCUAACAAAGCUUGAUCUCUCCAUCAAUGCUUUAACGGGUCCUAUUCCCCUGGGGUUUCAGUAUCUAAGAGGGCUCUUCAUGCUGCAGCUGUUUCAGAACUCCCUUAGCGGGACCAUACCUUCAAAACUUGGCUGGUAUAGUGAUCUUUGGGUGCUUGAUCUGUCCGAUAACCAUCUCAGAGGAAGAAUUCCAAGCUACCUCUGCCUUCAUUCCAAUAUGAUCAUCUUGAACUUGGGUGCAAACAACCUCUCUGGCAAUAUUCCUACUGGAAUCACUACUUGCAAAACUCUAGCCCAACUUCGUCUAGCCAGAAACAACCUCGUUGGUCGGUUCCCAUCCAACCUCUGUAAACUGGUUAAUCUCACAGCCAUUGAGUUGGGACAAAACAGAUUCCGCGGUUCCAUCCCUAGGGAGGUCGGGAACUGCAGUGCCCUGCAAAGGCUGCAGCUAGCAGACAAUGGUUUCACAGGUGAGCUUCCUAGAGAGAUUGGCACACUUUCACAGCUUGGCACCUUGAAUAUCUCAUCCAAUAAGCUUACAGGAGAGAUCCCCUCUGAAAUCUUCAACUGCAAGAUGCUUCAACGUCUAGACAUGUGCUGCAACAAUUUCUCUGGAACCUUGCCAAGUAAGGUAGGUUCACUCUACCAGCUAGAGCUUCUGAAGCUCUCAAACAAUAAUCUUUCAGGUACAAUACCUGUGGCUCUUGGGAAUUUAUCUCGCUUGACCGAGCUACAAAUGGGCGGAAACUUGUUCAGCGGUAGCAUUCCACAGGAGCUGGGCAGUCUGACCGGUUUGCAGAUAGCAUUGAACCUCAGUUACAACAAGCUUACCGGAGAAAUACCACCUGAACUCAGUAAUCUUGUUAUGCUUGAGUUCCUCCUUCUCAACAACAACAAUUUGUCUGGGGAAAUACCAAGCUCUUUUGCUAAUCUCUCUAGUUUGCUUGGUUGCAACUUCUCAUACAACAGUUUGACUGGUCCUAUUCCACUUCUCCGAAAUAUAUCCAUUUCUAGCUUCAUCGGUAAUGAAGGGCUUUGCGGCCCGCCGCUCAACCAGUGUAUCCAAACACAGCCUUCCGCACCUUCUCAGUCAACCCGGAAACCCCGAGGAAUGCGUUCCAGUAAAAUCAUAGCCAUCACUGCAGCUGCGAUAGGUGGGGUCUCUCUCAUGCUGAUUGCCCUCAUUGUCUACCUCAUGAGACGGCCGGUGAGGGCAGUCGCUUCUUCUGCUCAAGAAGGCCAACUGUCGGAAAUGUCUUUGGACAUAUACUUCCCUCCAAAGGAAGGAUUCACGUUCCAAGAUUUAGUUGCAGCCACUGAUAAUUUCGAUGAGAGCUUUGUAGUAGGGAGAGGAGCUUGUGGAACCGUGUACAAGGCGGUUCUUCCGGCUGGGUACACUCUAGCUGUCAAGAAGCUGGCAUCAAACCAUGAAGGGGGAAACAACAACAAUGUGGAUAAUAGCUUUAGAGCAGAGAUUCUAACUCUUGGGAAUAUCAGGCACCGUAACAUUGUCAAGCUACAUGGAUUCUGCAAUCACCAAGGAUCAAAUCUGCUUCUGUAUGAGUACAUGCCCAAGGGAAGCCUUGGAGAAAUACUCCAUGAUCCUUCGGGAGACUUGGAUUGGCCUAAGAGAUUUAAAAUCGCUCUGGGUGCGGCUCAGGGUCUCGCCUAUUUGCACCAUGAUUGCAAACCGAGAAUCUUCCACCGGGACAUAAAAUCAAAUAAUAUCCUGCUUGACGACAAGUUUGAAGCUCAUGUGGGAGAUUUUGGACUAGCAAAAGUGAUUGACAUGCCAUAUUCAAAAUCUAUGUCUGCCAUUGCUGGCUCCUAUGGCUACAUUGCCCCAGAAUAUGCAUACACCAUGAAAGUGACAGAGAAGUCUGACAUCUAUAGCUACGGGGUGGUUCUGUUGGAGCUGCUAACAGGAAAAGCGCCAGUUCAACCAAUAGAUCAAGGAGGAGAUGUGGUGAACUGGGUAAGGAGCUACAUAAGAAAAGAUGCAUUGUCUUCUGGAGUUCUUGAUGCUAGGUUAAAGCUAGAAGACGAGAAAAUAGUCUCUCAUAUGCUAACUGUGUUGAAGAUUGCGCUGCUUUGCACGAGUGUGUCUCCCGCCGCGAGGCCAUCGAUGCGGCAAGUUGUUCUGAUGCUGAAUGAGUCCGAGAGAUCGGAAGGAGAAGAACAAGUGGAUAGAGAAUUGACACACGCUAGUACCCCAUGAACUCUCGAGUACACUGUUGUUGUAUCAUCUUCUUUUUUUACCCUGAGAUUAUUCUUCAUAUAUGUAACAAUGGCGAAUAACUAAUGUAAAUUCAAAAGAUAUACAGUAAUCCCUUUUUCCUGGAUCCUAA